GCAGAGACACGAUGAAUGAGUUGUGCGGCAAGCGCCGUUCAACACCAAGAUCGUGGGAGGCCAGGAUGCCACUCUUGGCAGUUGGCCCUGCAGGCUGUUGUGCGGCGACAAAACGCUUUAUGUGGAGGGUCCCUGAUAUCCAGUCUGUGGGUCCUAACAGCUGCUCACUGUUUUGAAAGUAACAGCCGAUCUGGCGUAAGAGUUUUAUUUGGAACACUGACCAUUUCUGGGGGUAAUCAAAAUUCAGUGGAACGGACCGUCUCACAGGUCAUCGUCCACCCUGACUAUAAUCAAAGACCUAACGACAACGACGUGGCCUUAUUGAAGCUGGCCUCCUCUGUUGACUUCAAUGAUUUUGUCACUCCGGUGUGUCUGGCAGCUGAUGGCAGCAUCAUCAAUAAUGGAACUCAAACCUGGGUCACCGGUUAUGGGACCACCAGCAGUGGGGGAUCUAUCGCACAAUCGCUGCAGGAAGUAAACGUUCCCGUUGUGUCCAACUCCCAAUGUAACCAAGCAUACGGUGGCGGAAUCACAGACAACAUGCUCUGUGCCGGGCAAGCAGGAAAGGACUCCUGCCAGGGAGAUUCUGGCGGCCCGCUGGUGUAUAAACAAAAUUCUCAGUGGACCCAGGCUGGAGUUGUGAGUUUUGGAAGUGGCUGUGGGUGAUGCAAAAUUUCCGGGAGUCUACGCUCGAGUGUCCAAGUUUCAAAGCUGGAUCAACCAACAAAUCCCUAGUGCAGAGCAGCCGGGAUACAUUACCUUAUCUACUACUGUUACUGGGGUUCGAGCCCUGGAUACCUGUCUUCCUUGUCUCUUGCAGCUCCUCUGCUGAUAUCCAUUUUACCCAUCAUCUUCUCUGUCAUUAUCUUCUCAUAAGAUUAUGUUGGCAUUGAAAGUCAGCUGGGAAAAGACCAGCUAGUCAGUAACCUCAUCAACCUUCAUUAUGUUCUUUAUGCACUUUGGUUGGUUUGUUAAAAAAAACUUGACUACAUCACUGCAAUAGUUUUUCUCAAGAAUCAUACAGCUAGAAUACCCCUGUC